AGUGGACCGCGCAGACUCGGACGCGGUGACAGAAGCUCAUCGGCCGCCCUUAUUUCAUGCCCUUUACUCCCCUUUGAGGCUCUCAGCGGCGGGUGGGCGGAGCGGGCGGGCGAGGGCGUGGCGUGGGCGGUGUAUGGGCGGCCGCUCUUCCAGAAUGGCGGCUCCUGUGGUAGUGAACGCGACGGCUAAACAUACAGCAACCGUUAUCUUCCUCCAUGGCCUAGGAGACACUGGGCAUGGAUGGGCCAGCGCAAUGGCAGCCAUCGGCUCUCCUCACAUCAAGUUCAUCUGUCCCACAGCACAAGUGAUGGCAGUGACCUUGAAUGCUGGGUUCAGGAUGCCCUCCUGGUUUGAUCUCAAAUCUCUGGACGUGGAUGGACCCGAGGAUGGGCCUGGCAUCAAGAAAGCAAGGGACAACAUCCACACCCUGAUUGAGGAGGAGGUAAAGAGCGGUAUUCCCCAUGAGCGCAUCAUGCUGGGCGGCUUCAGUCAGGGGGGAGCGCUGGCACUCUACUCCACCUUCACCCACACCAAGUCACUGGCUGGAGUGGUGGGGCUGUCCUGCUGGCUUCCUCUCAGGGAGGAGUUCCCCCAGGCUGCCAUCAGCAACACUGGCGCCCCCAUUCUGCAGUGCCAUGGUGACUGCGACCCCAUAGUACCUUACAAGUUUGGCCAGAUCACAAGCCAGAUUAUCAAGAAGUUUGCUGGCAACAUUGAGUUCAAGACAUACCGAGGCAUGAUGCAUUCAUCCUGCGAAGAGGUGAGGCAGUGUAGUGUUGAUGGUGGUUUAACCCGGUAGCAGCGAUGGGCCA